CUUUGUGGCUUAUAAAGGCAGCGCCCCGCGCGCGCUCGGGCGUCAUCUUCCUGCGGUGGCACGGUCGUGCGUCAGGGACCUGUUGCUCGACUCUGCCGAUAGAAAGAUGUCUUCAGGAAAUGCAAAAAUUGGGCAUCCUGCCCCCAACUUCAAAGCCACAGCUGUUAUGCCAGAUGGACAAUUCAAAGAUGUUAGCCUAAGUGAAUACAAAGGAAAAUAUGUUGUGUUGUUCUUUUACCCUCUUGAUUUUACUUUUGUUUGCCCCACGGAGAUCAUUGCUUUCAGUGAUAGAGCAGAAGAAUUUAAAAAACUCAAUUGCCAAGUAAUUGGAGCUUCUGUGGAUUCUCACUUCUGUCAUCUUGCAUGGAUUAAUACACCCAAGAAACAAGGAGGAUUAGGACCCAUGAACAUUCCCUUGCUAUCAGAUCCCAAGCGUGCCAUUGCUCAGGAUUAUGGAGUCUUGAAAGCUGAUGAAGGUAUCUCUUUCAGGGGCCUCUUUAUUAUUGAUGAUAAAGGCAUCCUUCGCCAGAUCACUAUAAAUGAUCUUCCUGUUGGCCGAUCUGUGGAUGAGAUUCUGCGACUAGUCCAGGCUUUCCAGUUCACUGACAAACAUGGUGAAGUGUGUCCAGCUGGCUGGCAACCUGGCGGUGAUACCAUCAAGCCUGAUGUCCAGAAGAGCAAAGAAUAUUUCUCUAAGCAGAAGUGAGCACUGAACCAUUUUUCUGCCAGGCAGCAUUGAGAAGCCAGAAGAAAAACUCGUGCUUAAACACAAAUGUAGUUUGAUUCAAGAUAUGCCUUUCCUUAUAAGGUUGGGGUGGUUAGCCUUUCUUCCACUAUUGGUAAUGGCCUGAAGUCUGUUGUAGGCAGACCAUUUGAUUUACCAGUUACAGAAAUCAGCCUGUUCUUUUUUUUUUUUUUUUUUUUAUUGUCUAUUAAACGUUAACUCUAAGAACUUGGUGAUUUAUUUUAAAGCAACAUUAGGUUUUUAAGAGGAACUUUUCUUUUUUCUCUUAUGUGUAGGUGAGUGCAAGUAUGUGCACAUGUGUGAGUGGGUGUGCAUACAGGUGUAUGUUUACCUUUAAGAAAAAGAAAUGGUUUGUGUGUAUAAAUGUUUUCCUGCAUAUGUACCAUGUACCUGCCUGUUGGAUCUCCUGGAACUUGUGUUAUGGAUUGCUAUGUGCCACCAUGUGUGUGCUGGGAAUUGAAUGAACCUGGGUCUUCUGCAAGAGCAGCUCCUGGCCACUGGGCCCUUUCUCCUGUUUUACUUUUUGAGACAGGAUCUCUCCCUGAUCUGGAACUUGUGAGGCUAGCACUCUGAGGAUCUGGUUUUCUAGUGCUGGUUUUAUAAGCAUGGACUACCGUGCCUGGCUUUUUAUAGGGGUUGAAGUGGGUUUUGUUUUUUGAGGCAGGGUUUUCCUAGGUAGCCCUGGCUGUCACAGAACUCACUCUGUAGACCAGGCUUGCCGCUGGGCAUGUGCCACCACUGCCCAGCUUCAUCCCUUUUUUUUUUUUUUUUUGAUAGGAGUUCCAUGUACCAUAGCCCCUGCUUUUUUUUCUUACUCUUUUGGAGGCUUAUCCUGGACCUCACUCUGUAGACCUGACUUAGAAUUUAUAGAAAUUUCCCUGCCUCUGCCUUCCUGCUGGGAUUAAAGAUGUACACCAUCACUGCUCAGCCA